AUGGCGGCUGCCCUGGAUGCUUUAGCACCCUACGUGAAGAAGCUUAUCGCAGACAUGGCACAAGAAGAGGUGUCCAUGCUGCUUGGCGUCUCCAGCGAGAUCACCAAGCUGGAGGACAACAUGGAAGGCCUCAAAGCCUUCCUCAAAGAUGCUGAGAGGAGGCGCAUCACCGACACGAGCGUGCAAAGGUGGUCGACAAAGCUCAACAACGCCAUGUAUGAUGCCACUGACAUCCUCAACCGGUGCCAGCUCGAGGCAGACAAACGGAGGGAGUCUAGAGGCGAUAGGAAGCCGCAUCAAGGAGCUCAACCAGCGGCUGGAAGUCAUCCACACAAGGAGGCGGAUCAGUACAAGUUCAAUAUUGGCCUCGGUUCCAACCCGGAGCCAAGGAAGCUAACUGCUGCUGAGUUAUCCAGCUAUAGGACAAGUUCACUUGUCGAUGAGUCAGCCAUAGUUGGGGAACAGAUAGAGAGGGAUACAAGGGAGCUCGUUCAGGUGCUAACCUCAAGUGAUAAUAAUCACAACAUCAAAGUUGUGUCUAUAAUUGGUGUUGGUGGCAUGGGAAAGACUACUCUUGCUCAGAAGAUCUUCAAUGAUGCAACCAUCCGAGAGCACUUCAAGACCAAGACGAUAUGGCUAAGCAUCACUCAACAGUUUGACGAGGUUGAGCUACUGAGGACAGCAAUCAAGCAUGUUGGAGGCGACCAUGGUGCUGAGAAGGACAAAAACACUCUGACGGAGACCCUAUUCCACACCCUGUCCAGAGGAAGGUUUCUGCUGGUGAUGGAUGACGUGUGGAGCCAGAAAGUGUGGAACGACGUGCUUAGUGUCCCAGUCAGAAAUGCUAGCAAGAAACAACCUGGAAGCAAGGUCCUUGUCACCACAAGAUCUGCACACCUACCCCAACAGAUGCAAGCCCCCCUGCACCAACACCGUGUCAAGCCUCUAGAGAAUGAUGAUGCUUGGUCUUUGCUCAAGAAGCAGCUACAGCCUGAUCAGAAAGCAUAUCGAUCGGAGUUCCGUUAA